GAACAUAGCGGACGAAUUUAAAUUUAAUUGUACGGGGACUCACGUGAGUUCCCAUUACGUUGUGAGCCGUGGUCCAGGAUUGUUGUGUUGUGAGAAUGCCGUGCAGCGAAGACGAUGACAGCCAGACUGGUUUCCUCUCGGAACCCACACAGGGGAUGUCCAAGGCGGAGUUGCGUAAGACAAACAAACCAAUAAUGGAGAAGAAAAGACGAGCAAGAAUCAACAACUGCUUGAACGAGUUGAAAGAUCUGCUGAUGGAUGCGAUGGACAAAGACCCAGCUCGUCACUCCAAGCUGGAGAAGGCGGACAUCCUGGAGCUGACGGUGAAACAUCUCCAGACGUUGCAGAGGCAGCAGCUCGCAGCCGCGAUCGCUGCCGAUCCAGCGGUGCUGCAACGAUUCAAGUCAGGCUUCGGAGACUGCGCCGUGGAGGUCAAGAAGUAUCUAUCCAGGCUAGCCACCGUACCCACCGGUAUAAGAUACCGACUGGGCAACCAUUUAAACACCUGUAUAUCUGGCAUCGAUAGACUGCAGCCUUCGGAUUACCAGCCCCUAGUUCCGGAUCCGUUGAGGCUGGAUGGUGAGAGACCGAGCGCCUUCCACUACGUCAGAGCUACGAAGCUAAGAAGCCCACCCAUCAGUCCCCUAUCAUGUGACUCUGCCUGCGAUUCCUCCACCGAGUUGGAAACUCCCCCGAGAGUAAUACCAAAGUACCCCUUCCCGACACCGCCUAGUCACUCCGCGUCCGACCAGGACAGUCCAGAACAGAAGCCAACAGUCUCUUCAACGACGAUAUCCCCGGAAAACCUAAAGCAGGAGGCUCUAAGAAAUAAGAAAAUAAUGGAGCCGCUCUCAAUAGUUAUUGACGUGGAGAACUAUAAAAUAGGAAUCGACGGGUCGCCAAAGAGAGCAGUAGACUACUCGAUACGGAACAAGUUGAAACGCCACGCGGAGUCAAUUGGUCCUAUGCCGAAACUGAUCAGGCUAGACCAGGAAAUCGUCACGCCAGAGAAGAGCAUAUCGGAUAGAUUAUCAGAUAGUGUAGGACUGGAUCUCCAAGUUCGACCGCCGACGUUCCAUCGUGUACCAGAAUUACCAGAGAGGAAGAUUGAAGGUAGCCCAGAAAGACUUAGCGAUAGAAGACCAAACGUGCCCAGAACUGUGAUAAGUCACACUGCUGAAUCUUUGUCCCAGUCUAACAAAGCGCAAAAUGUGGAUAAGGAUAGCAAGGAAGCUGAAAGUUCGAAGGCAGACCAGGGUCCGUCGAAUAUGUGGCGACCUUGGUGAUUUUGCCAAAUAGAUAUUUACU